AUGGAGAGACAAAAUGUUGAUGACAGUGAUACAGAAACCACACAUCAUACGGUGCUCAAUAUGGAACAGACAAUAUCUGACUUUUUGGCUCAGAUUAAACCCAUACAAAUACAUAUUGAUAAAAUUAAGGCUCUUGUCGAAGAAGUAAAACAAUUACAAAAUAUAACGUUAAAUAUAGAAACAGAUCAAAAGACGAAACAGGAAUUGGAACAGAAAAUGGAUGAAAUUAAAAAGAUUUCAGACGAUGUCCGAAUUAAGUUGAAAACUGGUCGUACAAAAAGCGAGGCUCAACUUGAUGAAAUGUUGACAAGUGGAAAUUUUAAUGGAUUUUCUGAAGGCAUUAUGGUUGAAACACAAGAAGCCAAACAAAAUUUAGCUGAUAUAGAAGCACGUCAUCGUGAAUUUGUUAAAAUAGAAAAAAGUCUCAUAGAAGUAAACGAAAUGUUUCAUGAAAUAGCUGCACUUAUUCAAACUCAGGGUACUAUGAUCGAUUCUAUUGAAUAUAAUACUAAGAAAUCCACUGAUUGGGUUAUAAAGGGCAAAAACGAAGUAAAAAAAGCUGAAGAUGGUAAAAAAGCAAGACAGAAAACGAUAGGUGUCAUUGUUAUCGUUAUCGCAAUUCUUCUAAUAAUUAUAAUUGUAUUGGCAUCUAUAUUCGGAUCAAAACGAUAG